AUGACUACCCCAAGCAUCCAAGAUCAAUUUGUCCUUUCUAAUAGCUCACAUCCAGAUGAAUACAAAAUUGCAGCCUUGGUCUUCUACAGCUGCAUCUUCCUGAUUGGAUUAUUUGUUAAUAUCACUGCAUUAUGGGUUUUCAGUUGUAGCACCAAAAAAAGAACCACUGUAACCAUCUACAUGAUGAAUGUUGCGCUACUAGACUUGAUCUUUAUACUUAGUCUACCCUUCCGAAUGUUUUACUAUGCAAAAGGUGAAUGGCCAUUUGGAGAGUACUUCUGCCACAUUCUCGGGGCUCUUGUGGUGUUUUACCCAAGCAUUGCUCUGUGGCUUCUUGCUUUCAUCAGUGCUGACAGAUACAUGGCAAUUGUUCAGCCAAAAUAUGCCAAAGAGCUUAAGAACACCUGCAAAGCUGUGCUGGCAUGUGUGGGGGUCUGGAUAAUGACCCUGACAACCACUGUCCCUCUGCUACUGCUCUAUGACGACCCAGAUAAGGCCUCCACCCCUGCCACCUGCCUGAAGAUCUCUGACAUCAUUCACUUAAAAGCUGUCAACGUGCUCAACUUCACUCGACUAAUAGGUUUUUUCUUGAUCCCUCUGUUCAUCAUGAUUGGAUGCUACAUGGUCAUUAUUCAUAGUCUUCUCCAUGGGCAGACAUCUAAGCUGAAGCCCAAGGUCAAGGAGAAGUCCAUCCGUAUCAUCAUCACACUCCUGGUUCAGGUGCUCAUCUGCUUCAUGCCCUUCCACAUCUGUUUUGCCUUUCUCAUGCUCUAUGGGGAAGAAAACAGCUACAAUCCCUGGGGAGCAUUCACCACCUUCCUCAUGAACCUUAGCACAUGUCUCGACGUCAUUCUCUACUACAUUGUUUCCAAACAAUUUCAGGCUCGAGUCAUUAGCGUCAUGCUGUACCGCAAUUAUCUUCGGAGUGUGCGCAGAAAAAGUUUCCGCUCUGGGAGUUUACGGUCACUAAGCAACAUCAACAGUGAGAUGCUAUGA